AUGACUCCCGCCUUCUUACAAAUACGACCCCCUUGUGAACCUGAAAAUCAAAAUUCAUUCGUUUUUCAGGUGAACGGUGUAGUUAUUAUCUCCACUGUGAUUGUUUCGUUCCAUCCGAUUUUCAUCACCAAAGUUGAUCGAGCAUAUCGUCUCAGUUGUUUCUAUGUGGAGGGGACGAAGAAGGUUCAGCAACAACUCGACAUCGCGUCAGUGAGAUCACCUCGAAUUGAGGAUUUGCCCUCGCCCAUCUUUACUCGCAGCUAG